AUGGAAAACAACUCCAUCAUCCAAGACCUCAUUGAAAGCACCGAAGAACAUGAUGACGAUCAACAUAACGAAUCCAAGUUCAUGUUUGCUAUGAAUGCAAUACUAAGUGGCACUGUACGUCUCAAUGCUCUCCUGCCCACAGCCCCCAUUCUUGCCUUCACCAUUUUCACUCCUCUCUUCACCAACGACGGCGUAUGCACCCCUUUCAACCGCUGGCUGAUGGAUUUCCUCAUCGCUCUUUCAGCAGCAUCCUGCAUUUUCUUUACAUUCACCGAUAGCUUCAAAACAGCGACUGGCAGGUUAUACUACGGAGUGGCCACAUUUCGGGGAAUAUGGACUUUCAAUGGCGGCCAGAAAAGGCCAAUCAUGCCCGCCGAUUAUAGGUUGAGAUGGGCUGAUCUCUUCCAUGCAUCGCUUUCGGCAAUCGCGUUUCUAACGUUUGCAGCGUCGCAUAAUGAUGUUGUGGGUUGUUAUUAUCCGGCAAUGCCUAGGAGGGUGACCAACAGUCUUCCUCUUGUGGUAGGGUUUGUAGUUAGUGUUUUGUUUGUGUUGUUUCCUUCUAAGAGAAGGGGAAUUGGCUACCUUUCUUGCUGCUGA